AUGUCACUUAUCUUUGAUACAGGCGAGUGUACUAAAGAUUUAAUGGUUUUCAAACACCAUCUACCUGAAUAUCUAUCAGGAUUUUGCUCAUCAGCAACGAAUAUUAUUGUAACAUAUCCUGUAAAUAAAUUGAUCUUUCGACAGCAAAUCUACCGGUUGAGAACGCUCGAUGCCUACAAACAGCUAAAAUACGAAGGUUUCACAAUUCUUUAUCGUGGCAUGGCCUUACCAUUAUUACAAAAGACAUUCUCCUUAAGUAUAAUGUUUGGAACAAAUUCUCAUUAUUUACAAAUCUUUCAGUCCUUCUCGCGAACAAACCAAUGGUAUCAUCAGCCCUUAGCAUCAGCUUUAGCUGGCAGUACCGAAGCUUUGUUGACACCAUUGGAACGUACACAAGUUUUACUCCAAACAUCGAAAUACAAUCAUGUCAUUCGGAAUGGUUUUCAUGCCUUCACUUUAAUGUAUCAACACUAUGGAAUCAUUGAAUACUAUCGUGGAUUAACAUUGAUCUUAAUUCGCAAUAGUUUGUCCAAUAUGAUUUUCUUCGCUUGUCGAAAGCCACUCAAAGAUGUUUUACCCCGGUCGUCAUCGCAUCUUCAGCAUUCUAUCUAUGAUUUCUUCACUGGUGGUCUACUCGGUGCACUUUUAUCGACAUUCAUCUAUCCAUUGAAUGUUUUAAAAAAUGUCCAACAAUCCGAACUCGGUGGUCGAUAUGAUCGUCCAAUAAGUAUCUUCCGGUCUGUUUAUGAACAACGUGGUAAUUCUAUGAAGGAAUUCUAUAUCGGUGCUAAAUGGAACUUCGUUCGCAGUCUGAUAUCAUGGGGAAUAAUCAAUAGUACAUAUGAAUAUUAUUUAACAACGAUACGAACAUCCAUUUCUGACGAUGAUUGA